AGUUCACGGGGAAAGGCAGGACACCUCCCGGAAUGAACGCAGAAUAGCGUCUCCGUGGCUCCGGCUGAACUAUCCCGUCCGCAGCCGCCGUCUUUUCACCUUUUUACAUUUUCCAGGUCUCACUAUGGAAGUGACAAGGAACAGAUUGAUAAUAUUUAUCCUCUUUCAGAUCGGUAACGUGGCAUAUGGAUACUACAGGACACAGCGCAAGUUCAUCGAGGACAUCGACUGGUCGUACGCAGGGAGCUUAAAUCAAGACAACUGGGCCAAGCGGUACCCGUCCUGCAGCAGCGCCAAGCAGUCGCCCAUCAACAUCGACGAUGACCUCGCCCCGGUCAUGCUGCAGUUCCAGGGACUGCAGCUGGAGGGCUUCAAGCAGGAUACCCCAGAAGGCACCACCAUCCACAAUGACGGGAAGACUGUUGCUAUCAGCCUCGAUGCCGAGUACUACAUCACUGGCGGGGGGCUGAGGUCCAGGUUCAAGGUUGGCAGGAUUGCCUUCCACUGGGGGACGUGCAACGCAUCGUCCGACGGCUCCGAGCACAGCCUCAAUGGCAUCAAGUUCCCCCUGGAGAUGCAGAUCUUUGGCUAUGAAGCGGGAGAGUUUAAGUCGAUCGACGAUGCUCUGAAGGAGGGAGGAAAGCUGACCGCACUAUCUGUUCUCUUUGAGACCAGCGCAGUUGAUAACGAGAACUAUGAAUCUAUUAUCAACGGUGUCAACGCUGUCAAUCGAUUUGGUAAAACUGCCACCCUAGAGCCCUUCUCCUUGCUGGGCCUGUUGCCAAACUCCACGCAGAAGUACUACGCCUACAACGGGUCCCUGACCACGCCGCCAUGCUCGGAGACCGUGGAGUGGAUCGUCUUUAGAGAUACGGCAUCCAUCUCGGAAACCCAGCUGGAGAUGUUCUGUGAGGUGAUGACCAUGCAGCAAGCCGGGUAUGUCAUGCUGAUGGACUACCUGCAGAACAACUUCCGCCAGCAGCAGCCCCAGUUCAUGGGCCAGGUCUUCUCCUCCUACACCGGCACAGAGGAGGUCCUCACACCUGUCUGCAGCUCGGAGCCAGAGAAUGUCCAGGCAGAGCCGCACAACUACACUGGACUCCUGGUGACGUGGGAGAGGCCGCGGGCCGUCUAUGACAGUGACAUCGAGAAGUACGCCGUCACCUACCAGCGGCUGGGGGCUGGGGACCAGCCCCGACUGGAGUACCUGACGGAUGGAGACCAGGAUGUGGGGGCGAUAAUCGAGGACCUUUCGGUCAACGUCAGCUAUACGAUCCAAGUUGCGGCAGUGUGCACCGACAGUCAGUACGGCCGCCCGAGCGAGUCUCUGGUCGUGGACAUGCCCCCGGAUGACCCCGAGACCAAGAGUGAUUCUAAUUCUGACCCUGGCUACUCAGAUUACACUGAAACAGAGGAUGACAAUAAGCUAAAUGUAGAAAAACACCAACCAGAAUGGAAGCAGGCGACAGUAGAUGAGCCGACCCCAUCAAUUUCGUAUCGGCCCGACGUCCUAUUCCCUGGUGUCACAACUGCCUCGUCAGUCCCGAGGAGGAUGACAGCAGAGUAUUCCUGGUCCACGGAGCCACCCACAGCCGGACAGGGCCAUCGAAUGGGAGGCCCUGUCACCAGCGCUUACCAUGAUGACGUUCUCACCAAAGCGGCUUCUGCAAGUUCUGCCACAACUCUGACAUCUCCUGGUAGUAACUGGGCCCUCUAUGGCCCAGGGGUCCCUACGCAGGAGAGCGUGGUGUCACAUCCUGCUACUGAAUCGACCCCCAUCCCGGAGAGUCUGGCGGGCCAAACCUCCUCAGCCCCCCUCUUUGGCGUCCCACUGUGGCCCACAAGCCCAGUUUCCCAGCAACCCCUGAGUGCCACACCCUCCGAAACUGUCUCCCAGACCACCAAUGUGGUCCCGGCCAGCACCCAGAGCCCCACGCCAGUCCUCACUUGGGCCCUGCCCACAGAAUCCCUUCCCCCCUCCCCCAGCGCCUCCCUCGAAAGUGGUUCCACCCCCACGGAGGGGCAGGCUGACAGUAGUGCUUCAGGCUCCGCAGUGCACCCGGACUCCCAGGAGGAUGUAGAUCAGGAGUUGGAGGGGGGCCGAGUCUAUGAGAUGGCCACACCCACCAGUCCCCCCUCAGCACCGGACCCGGCGGUGGUGCCGACCGGCAAGGGGCAGGACGGCGACGACAGAUACAGUGGGCGCUCCUCAUCCUUCUACUUUGAGGCUGAGAACGAGGGCAGUAGCAGCACCAGUGAGAUGGAGGAGGCGGAGCCCAGGCCGCGGAUGCUGGGCAGGGCUGAGGAAGGCAGUGCCUCAGGCCAAGGCUCGUCCGGGAGCCUCUACGACAACGAGACUUCCACAGACUUCAGUAUCUCAGAGUACUCAGGCAGGCAGUCUGAGGAUGCCACGGAGGCAGAGAUCAGCAACAGCAGCCCUGAGUCCCGGAUGGCUCCGGCGGGGCUAGAGAGCCAGGAGAAGCGAGCUACUAUCCCAUUGGCCGUGGUGGCCGCACUCACCCUGCUGAGCCUGCUGGUGCUGGUGGGGAUCCUCAUCUACUGGAGGACGUGCUUUCAAACGGCUCACUUCUACAUCGAGGACAGCUCCUCUCCCAGGGUUAUCCGCUCAGCAAACGCUCUCAUGCUCCCGUCUGCAGAUGACCAGCCAGCUGUCUCCGCAAAGCAGUUCGUCAAACGUGUGGCGGAACUUCACAGCUCCAACGGCUUUUCCCAGGAGUUUGAGAUACUGAAAGAGUUCUAUGAGGAGAUCCAGGCAGGCACUUUGGACCUGGGCAUCACCGUGGACAGCUCCCAGCACCCAGACAACAAGAACAAGAAUCGAUACCUCAACAUCUUGGCCUACGAUCAUAGUCGUGUCAAACUGUCCUCCAGUCCUGGUAGAGAGAGACGGAGUGGAGAUUACAUCAAUGCCAAUUAUGUGGAUGGCUUCAAUAAACCCAGGUGCUACAUUGCAACCCAGGGUCCGCUCAGGUCGAGCGUGGAGGACUUCUGGAGGAUGAUCUGGGAGCAAAACGUGGGUGUGAUCGUCAUGAUCACCAACCUUGUUGAGAAGGCCCGGCGGAAAUGUGACCAGUAUUGGCCCCAGGAGAACCAGGAGGAGUUUGGCAGCUUCCUGGUCACAUUGAGGAGCACCAAGGUCUUGGCCUACUACACCCAAAGAACCUUCACCUUGAGAAACACCAAGGUCAAGAAGGCAAAGGGCCAUGAGCGAGCUGUGGUUCAGUACCACUACACCCAGUGGCCCGACAUGGGCGUUCCUGAGCACGUCCUGCCGGUGCUUACCUUUGUGCGGAAGUCAUCCCGGGCUAGAACUGCAGACAUGGGGCCUAUUGCGGUGCAUUGCAGCGCUGGUGUAGGUAGAACAGGCACCUACAUUGUCCUGGACAGCAUGUUACAACAGAUCAAGGAGCGAGGGACGGUGAAUGUUCUGGGCUUCUUGAAACACAUACGAAUGCAGAGGAGCUAUCUGGUACAGACUGAGGAGCAGUACGUCUUCAUCCAUGACGCCCUGGUGGAGGCCAUCUUGAGCAGGGAGACAGAGGUUCCUUCUGCCCACAUCCACAGCUAUGUGAACAGCCUCCUGAUUCUGGGGCCGUCUGGCCACACACAUCUGGAGAAGCAGUUCGAGAUGAUAACCAAGGUCAACACCAAGCAAGGCGACUACUCUACUGCCCUGAAACCUUGCAACAGGGAUAAAAACAGGACCUCCUCUGUCUUACCUGUGGAGAGAUCCAGAGUGCGUUUGUCAAUGUUGGCGGGGGAGACAUCGGACUACAUCAACGCAUCCUAUGUCAUGGGAUACCACCACAACUGUGAGUUCAUUGUGACCCAAAGGCCACUUCCCAGCACCAUGCCGGACUUCUGGAGAAUGGUCUGGGAUCACAGCAGUCAGGUCAUUGUGGCACUGCAAGGCCAGGUGGGUAACUUAAACCAGGCUAGAGAAACUGGCCCGACCCUUGCAGAAAGACAGUCUGUAGAGAAACAAUUCCUGUUUUAUUCCUCCACUCAGGCAGAAGAUGAUUAUGACUACUGGCCAGCCAGAGGCCAGCCCAUCCGAUAUGAGACGUUCUCCGUCACGUUCACAGGGGAGGACCACAUUUGCCUGUCCAAUGAGGAGAUGCUGGUGGUCCAGGACUUCAUUCUGGAGGCCACGCAGGAUGACUAUGUGCUGGCCGUGCGGCAGUACCGAGCACCCCAUUGGCCCGACCCAGACAGCCCCAUCAGCAGCACCUUCGAGCUGAUCAGCACUGUGGGAGGGACCAGCGCCCCCCAGGACGGACCCAUGGUGGUAUACGAUGAGCACGGGGGUGUGGCUGCGGCAACCUUCUGCACCUGCAAGACCCUGGCGAACCAGCUGGAGGAGGAGAAGUCCUUCGACGUCUAUCAGGUGGCCAGGAUGACCAACUUUAUGAGACCGGGAGCCUUCACCGACAUCGAUCAGUACCAGUUCCUGUACAAGGCCAUCCUGAGCCUGGUGAGCACAAAGGAGGACGAGCACACCCUCCACACGGCUGACAAUGGCAUGGCGCCGGCCCGCACCGGCAAUGCCGCCGAGAGCUUGGAGUCUCUAGUGUAACCAUGGCAACGGCCACUUGGCACACAACCGCCUCUGAAUGAGCUGCAUCUCUUAUUGACACUUUAGCGCGGGGGGGGGGCAAACCAAAAGCGUUUAGUCCGUUUCCUGCAAGCCUGUUUUUUUUUCCUGCCGAAGUGACCUGACAUUACUGGACACAGUGUAAGCCUGAACCACGUGCCUUUCUGUAAUCCAUGUCUGUAACCUUAACUGCUUUGGUUCGGGUUGUGUUACAUUUCAAUAGUCUCAUUUUACAAAAUAUCUGUGUUACUAAGCAUAAGCUUCUUAUUCUGUGCUGCUGCUUUCACUAAGAUGUAAUAAGUCUGCUGAUGUCCUCUUUGACUUUUCCUGUUUUCCAUUUCAAAUGUAAAUAGUCACCUUUUUACUACUUUCUUUAGGGGUCCUAGCUUGGGGAAAUUUUAAUGUGUAAAUAGUAUGACUUAGAGAUCAACAGAUCAAUAUUCUAUUUAUAUGAGUAGAUUUUAUACUUGACUAUCAGUCCAAUUUCCUAGACCUUUUUUAUUUUUAAAUAUAUGGCAGCAUUCUAACUAGUUGAAUGGCUGUAAAUGAUUUUA